CACACACAACAGAAUCAUGGGUGUUGCAGCAUGUCUCUCCGACAUUUACGACUCCUGUCACAGCCGCCAUGCCUCCCGGAACAAACUCAAAAAAACCAACCAACUUCAAACGGUGGAGAUAAAGGUGAAGAUGGACUGCGAGGGGUGCGAGAGGAAGGUUCGGAAGUCGGUGGCCGGGAUGAAAGGGGUGAGUUCGGUGGACGUUGAUCCAAAGAAAAGCAAGCUGACGGUAGUGGGUUACGUGGAUCCAAACAAGGUGCUGAAUCGGGUCAGACACCAUACAGGAAAGAAAGCGGAAUUAUGGCCAUACGUGCCGUACGAUGUGGUGGACCAUCCUUACGUUCCCGGAGUUUAUGACAAGAAGGCGCCACCUGGCUACGUCAGGGACACGUCGGCCGUAGAUCCGGUGGCCGUCGAUUUGGGUCGAGCAAGUUCCACUGAGAUUAGGUAUACGACAGCGUUUAGUGAUGAUAACCCCACGGCUUGUAUGAUCAUGUAGUAGUUCAUCAGGGUGUUGUUUCAUGUAUAUAUUUAAGGGAAAAACCAGAA